GUCAGAAACCAAGUGCUCUACUGUGGAUUCCCAGUUUUAAUACUUUUCUUAUUUUGAAUGUUAUGGAUAUCAACAGCACUAGUUCUGAGAGUCCAUGGCCACCCAAUUUCUGGAAUCAGAUAAUAAUAGCAUUUACAGUUUCUAUGGUCAUUGGACUUGUAAUUGGAGGCACAAUCUGGGCUCUGUUGGCUUGCCUAUCUAGUCGCAGAGCUAGUGCACAUAUUUCCCAGUGGAGCACCUCAUCCUCUAGCCGGCGUUUCAGAGCUUCCCACGGAAGUGGUGCUAGCAGGCCAGGAUUUUACCGCAACAGCAGUUGUGAACAUCGCAGCAACCUCAGUUUGGCCAGCCUUACCUUCCAAAGGCAAGCUUCCUUAGACCAGGCCAAUUCCUUUCCAAGAAAAUCAAGUUUCCGGGCCUCCACAUUUCAUCCCUUUCUUCAGUCCCCUCCACUUCCUGUUGAAACCGACAGUCAGCUGAUCACACUGGUACCCACUGGUACCACCACAACAGUUACUGGAAGCACCACCAACAGCCUAAGUCGUCCUGAAUUCCACUGGUCCAAUAACAGUCUUCGUGUCUGCCAUUCAACACAAACGCCGCCUCCUGCCUAUGACACGAUCAUAAAGGCGUUUCCAGAUUCUUGAGUUGGAUUUUCAGCAU